AUGAGCCAGAGAACGGACACUGAUUGGGAGGAGCGGCAUAGGCUUGGCCUUGCUGUGGCAAGUAAUGUUGUCUUGUCCGUGGAGGCCAAGUACUGCAAGCUGUCCAUCCAACCCGGCUCAAAAUCCUAUACGAACAUCAUCAAGGGGAUCAAGUAUGAGGCCGGUACCGGCCGCCUAGUCUUCUUUUGCUGGUCAGAGAGAAGCAGUGAGGAGACGCCGACCGUCGAGAUCUCGCAUCGGUUAGAUGGCUUUCCUGACCUGACGACAUUGGAGCGACUUCAAGAGGCUUUCCAGUCGUUGCCGGAUGGUGACAUGCUCCGGGAACAGCUAAACGACAAGCUAGCUACGAUGUACGUCGAUACGCGCCAGCCAGCCCGCAACGGCGUGAACAGCAUCAUCAGCGUCUACGUCCACCUGAAAGAUCAUUCUCCCACCGAGCAACCCGUCACGACAGAGUCAAGGCAGACGGAGCACGAUGAAAGUCUACUUCGCACUCCAACCACCACACCUCGUCUCCCAGGAGGCCCAGCUGCGCUCCCGCAUUCCGACUUGGCGUGUGCGACCCCACAACUGAGCCAGCAGACGCCUCAGGACACAAACGGAGAGGAUCAAGAGGGGACUCACACGGCACCACUCGAGAGCGACUAUGACGAUGUUGACGAUGAUCGCGAAGGUGAGAGCGACGACGGUACCGGUGAACAGUACCUUGAAGACUUCUUGGACUUCCAGGCAGACGAGGGGGCGGAGGAAUCCAGGUGA